UCCAUCGGCGCCGACAGCCGCCCCCUCUCCGCUCCGAGGGCCUCGAUCGAGAAGCGGCGGCGGCGGACAUGGGCCAGAUCCAGUACUCCGAGAAGUACUUCGACGACACCUUCGAGUACAGGCACGUCGUCCUCCCGCCGGAAGUCGCCAAGCUCCUCCCCAAGAACCGCCUCCUCGCCGAGAACGAGUGGCGCGCGCUGGGCGUGCAGCAGAGCCGUGGGUGGGUGCACUACGCCGUCCACCGGCCGGAGCCGCACAUCAUGCUGUUCCGCCGCCCGCUCAACUACCAGCAGCAGCAGGACGCGGCGGCCGCCGCCGCGGCGCAGAUGAUGCCCAAGUGAUCGGCCCCAGCGAGGGCAGUGGCGACCGGGGUUGGAACUCCUGAAAACCCCAGGCCCUUUUCAUCUCUAAAAGGGCGGUCGCACUGGUUUGUCUGAUCAGGAUCUAGUUAUGUUGGUGGUGUCCACCAUGUGUUUGUGGAAAUGCCUGGGAGAAACUUGCAGUGUGUUAGUAGUCUGUGUUAUUAUCCUGGAUACUCUUGAAUGCUACCUGUUAUGUUAUGCUGGUACUGUCUGUAGAUCUUCCUGUGAUGAUCUGUUAGUGUUGAUGCUUGCUUUACUGUUAUCUGGUUCCUUAUGAUUAGGAGUAUAGAGUUCAUGUGAUAGUGAAUCUUAUGUUUGCAAGAGGGCAUGGAGCAUUUGUUAUGAAUGAGCUA